AUGACGGCGCAGCACCGGCGACGCUGUCUGGGAUUCGAGAGUGCAACCACUGACCGAAUCCACGGCACCGAGUCCAACUCCAAUCUCACCGACGAUGUUUCGACUGGUCAGCUAUCAUCUCAAUCUAUCACAAUGUACAAGUCUCUCGCCUCCACCAUCACUGCCAUCGCGGCUCUUGCUGCUACCGCCAGUGCCCACGGCUCCCUCACCGGUGUCAGCCUCAAUGGCGUCUUCAAGCAGGGCUACCUUAUCGAAUACUACUAUGCCAUGCAGCAAGGCGCCAAGGUCCCUGAGCACCUUGGCUGGUAUGCUGAGAAUCUCGACAACGGCUUCGUAGACCCAUCCAGUUACGGCACUGGCGACAUCAUCUGCCACAAGGCCGGUAGCCCCAAGGGUAGCUCGGAUACCAUGGGCUCAAUCCCCGCUGGUGGCAAAAUCGACUUCCACUGGAGCACCUGGCCCACAUCCCACGUUGGCCCCGUUCUCACUUACGCUGCUGCCUACACCGGCGACCUCCAGGCCGUCAAGAAGGAGGAUCUCAAGUGGUUUAAGAUUGAGGGUGCUGGUUACGAGAACGGCGAGUGGGCUGCCAACAAGCUGAUUGCCAACAACAACACCUGGUCCAUGACUAUCCCCGAGAACCUUGCCCCUAGCAAGUACGUCUUCCGCCACGAAAUCAUUGCGCUCCACGCCGCUGCCCAGGAGAACGGUGCCCAGAACUAUCCCCAGUGCGUCAACAUUGAGGUUACCGGCAGCGGUACCGAGAAGCCCGAUGGUGUUGUUGGCACCAAGCUCUACACUCCCACCGACCCCGGCAUCAAGUUUGACGUCUACCAAGGCAAUUUGAACAGCUACGUCGUCCCUGGCCCUCCCGCCAUGGCCGCUGGCUCCGGCUCCGGCUCUGGCUCUGGCUCCACCCCUGCCCCCUCAUCCACCCCCUCCAGCGCACCUUCUUCUCCCUCACCAAGCACUUCUGCUCCCUCACCAAGCGCAUCUGCUCCUGCUGCUUCUGUUACUCCCGAAGCCCAGGAGCCCACUCCUUCCGCUGCUCCUUCAAGCGGUAACCUCCCCGAGACCUUCACCCUCGACACCUUCAUCACCUGGCUCGAGGGCAAGGCCAGCAGCUCUGCUAGCAAGGCCCGCCGCCACGCUCGCGCUUUCUUGUAAAGUGCUUUUUUUCUUUCUUGAUGGCUUAC